UUCAAUCGGAGCAAGAACGCGAAAGCUAUGAAGAUUCAAAGUUCAUGAGCUUGCGUUACAAUUGCAGCGGUUACAAAGUGAAGUUGUGGGCCCAACACUCUCCCGAUGGUGAUCGUGCUCGAGAAGGAACUUGCUGCCAUCUCCAUGCGACCAGGGGAUGAUGUGAAGCCGGUCCUUGACAAGAUCAAGGACACCUAUGCAAGGAUGGCAGCAGCGGGCAGCAGUGUAUCUCAGCUGCAGCAGUGCAUCAAAAUCAUCUCGAAGUUGGUGAAGGAUGGGAGCCUGAAGGGCUUGGAGGUGAAAGGGGAAGUGAAGGAGAUUGGGAGCUGCCCUACAUGCUUGGAGACCAAGUUCUCCAAGUUCCCCUUCAACAGCACUACAGGACCAGCCAAGACCCCACUUGCACUUGUGCACAUGGAUGUGAGAGGUGCUGCAGAUGUGAAGAGUGGAGAGAUGCUCUUGAGUUGCUAUACUGACGCUAGCUUCAACUCAGUGAAAGCGGAUGGCACCUGCAUUGGGGGUUAUGUGUGCUUGCUGGGAGGUGGUGCCGUGAGCUGGCGCAGCAAGAAGCAGAAUGAGGUGGGAUUGUCCUCAUGUGAGACUGAGUACAUGGCCUUACAUCAUGGGGCCAAGGAAGUGGUGUGGCUGAGGCGCUUGUUGGAGGAGUUGGGAGUUGGUCAGGAGGAGCCGACAGUUGUGUUCUGUGACAAUGAGUCUGCAGUGAAGCUCGCCAAGAAUGCUUGUCUGCAUGGGCUGACAAAACACAUAAGGCCUAAGUGGCAUUGGGUGAGGAGACUCCUUGAUAAGGAGGUGCGGCUGGAGAUAGUGAAGACCCAUCAGCAGGCAGCAGAUAUUUUCACUAAGCGACUAGCGGAGGCGGAUCAUUGGAAGGGCAUGAAGCUUGCUGGGAUGAGUGUGCAUUGAGUAUGCAUGCUUGAGAUGUUGGUAUGGUGGAUGAUGGUUGGCAGCCCGAGGGGGAGAUUGUUGUGUGAUGUCAUCAUAUGCUAUCACA